UUCUUUAUUUAUCAGAAUUUGCCUGGUUAGUUUUUAGUAUUAUUUGUAAAACUGGUGUUUUUUGUUGACAAGCCAUUAAGAUGAAGUCACCUUUGUGCAUCGUGAUUUUAUCAUUGGUCGCAUAUGAAGUGCAAUCUGCUGUAGUUGGAGCAGAUCGUUGUACAUGGGGGCCAUCAUACUGGUGUAAAAACUAUGGGGCUGCAAAGACCUGUGGGGCAGUGGAUCAUUGUAAAACCAAUGCAUGGAAUAAACCAGUAAAGAAUGAUGAAAUUUGCACACUCUGCAAGGAAGGUAUGGAAAUGGUUGAUAACUACUUGAAGGAAAAGGCAACCAAAGCAAAGAUUGAGAAAGCUAUUCUUCAAAUCUGUUCAGAUAUCCCACUUGCUGACCUUAAGACUGAGUGCAAGCAAGUUGUCACUGAGAAUUUUGACUUAAUUUAUGAUGAGGGUCUUAUCUUGAUUGGAAAUGGUGACAUGGUUUGUUCAGCAAUUGGUUUAUGCACUUCUUCCUCAACCUCUGAGGUGGAAGACAAGAUUGUUCAUGAAAUGGUGAAGAAGCUUCCAGAUAUUGUGAGGAAAGCGAUGGAAAACAAUGAACUUCCCGUUGCUUCUCCGUUCAUUGCACCAUUGCCUUUAUUCAGCCAACCAGAAACACCACAAGAGGGAAGUGAGAACUACUGUGCAGAUUGUCAAGCUUUUAUUAAGGAUGUUCAACAUGAGAUAAUGAAUGACCCCGCCAUGGUGAAAUCGUGGACUAACUUAGUGAAAGGAGAAUGUGAUGCAUUGGGUGCUGGCUUGGAUGAGAUUUGUAUGCAGAAGGCAGAAGAAGCAAUCCAUGAUAUAACAUCAUACCAUUUAACUGAUAGUGAUGUCACGACAAUUUGUAACACAAUCAAGAUGUGUGGGUUCAGAGCUCAAGCGAAGUCGGACAAUGAUAUGUGUACUGACUGCACCAACUUCUUCGAUGAUUGGAAGCAACUUAUGAUCAACAACAAGACUGUGGUGAAUGAAAUUAUUGGACAAAUGUCUGAUUUUUACUGCCUGCAAAAGCCAGCUAAUCUACGAAAGCAGUGCGUACGAUACGUCGGCAUGGUGAUUGAAACUUUUCUCAACCGCCUCAUGCAAGAAUCCCCAAUGGAUAUCUGCCGGUCAAUUUACUUCUGUGAAGCUGGAACUGCAAAGGAAUCUUUGUCAGCAAUCACUAGAGUUAAUACGCUACAACAGGUUCCAGUAGAACUGGAUAACCAGAAAUAUUGUACAGACUGCACAGCUUUCAUGAAGGACUUGCAAGGAGUAGCAGCCAAUAAUAAAACGAUCAUCUCUGAACUCACGGAGCUCGUAAAGGAACAAUGCAGUCAGUUUGAUCCAGUUGUUGCAGAGUUGUGCAAGUUACAAGUUCCCAAUGCCGUAACUACACUUCUUCCACAGUUUGAAAAGCUUGACGUUAACACCAUCUGCUCAACAAUCAUGAUGUGCCCUGCUACUUCACAACACAAGAAAAUGGUCACCGGCAAUUUAUGUACAGACUGCACUGCUUUCUUUGGAGACUGGCAAGAAAUUAUCCAAAACAACAAAUCAGUUAUCGAAAAACAACUUAAAGAGCUUGGCGUCAUGUACUGCAAACAAGUGCCAGGAUUUUUUGAAUCUGAGUGUGAUUCUGUUGUGGCCAAAGCAAUUGAUAAUUAUCUACACCUGAUAUCAGUUACAUGCAGUGAAUUCACCAAGGAAUAUCUUCCACAACUGUGGGACAUGAUAAGCUACAAUGAUGCAGGGUUGAUCUGCAGUACCCUGUACAUGUGUGAGGAAGCCGAUAAACCAGCCGUACAACCUGUAAGUGUGGCAAAGCAAGCUCCAGUAGGUGCAGGGGAUCCUAUAUCAUGUGCAGUAUGCAAGCUAGUUGUUCAUGAACUCGAUCAAAUGCUUGAAGGGAACAAGACAGAGGCAGCAGUGGUGGCUGCACUUGAGAAAGUCUGCAGUUUGAUGUCGGGCGACAUAAGGCAAGAAUGUCAGAAUUUCGUUGAUCAUUACGGCAGGACACUCGUUGAUCUCAUUAUAAAUGAAGUUGAAUCCGGUGCCAUCUGCUCCAUGCUUCUACUCUGUUCUCCACAAGCAAACUAUAACAAGGUAUCUGGUUCACCAACAUGCGAGGUGUGCACAUUGAUUGCAACGGCAUUGGAUCAGUUGCUUACAAGCAACAGCACUGAGCAAGAAAUUAUCGCGGCAGUUGAGAAAGUUUGUAGCAUCUUACCUGCUACAUACAAGACAGAAUGUGACUCACUUAUUGAUCAGUACGGGGUUGUUAUCAUACAGUUACUUGCACAAGAAUUAGACCCAUCGAAAAUUUGUGCUGAGCUCGGUCUGUGUGUUUCAUACAAGUCACAAGUGUCCGAUUCAACAACAUGCGAAUUAUGUGAACUGGUUGCCGGGGAAUUGGACAGCUUGUUAACGGAAAACAGCACCGAGUCGGAAAUCAUUGCCGCGGUUGAAAAGGUUUGCACCAUCUUACCGAGCAACUUACAAACUGAAUGCAAAACACUCAUCGAUCAAUAUGGGAAAGAGAUUAUUAACUUGCUUGCACAGCAGAUUAAACCAGCCCAACUUUGUGCAACACUCAAACUGUGUACUUCAUAUGCUGUGUCUAGUUCAACAACAUGCGAAGUAUGUGAAUUAGUUGCCAGUGAGUUGGACAAACUACUGACAGAUAAAAGCACCGAGACGGAGAUCGUUGAUGCGGUGGAAAACAUCUGUAAAGUUCUCCCAGCUAAUCUACAAACUGAAUGCAAAGACCUAAUUGAUCAGUACGGAACAGAUUUAAUCAACCUUCUUGCUCAAGAAAUCAAACCGUCAGAGUUAUGUGCGGCUAUUAAGCUUUGUUCGUCAUACAAGAACACACAGAUUAAAGUCAGAUCUGAUGUGACAUGCGAAUUAUGUACAGCGGUCAUGACACAAGUUGACAAACUGCUCUCAGAGAACGCAACACAGACAGAGAUUGUAGCAGCCCUUGACAAAGUUUGUAUGAUAAUCCCUGGUGACUUGAAACAACAAUGUGUUGGAUUCAUCAAUGAUAACGGGCCAAUGAUCAUUCAACUAUUGUUGGAAGAAAUUGCACCAAGUGCCGUCUGCUCAUCACUCAAGCUCUGUUCUAAUUCUAACAAGGUGAUGUUCAAAUCAUCCGAGUUAUGCGACGUAUGCAAAGCAGCCAUUGGCUUCCUUGACCAAGAGGUUGGGGCAAACUCAACCAAAGCUGAAGUAGAAGCUGCACUUGAUAACUUGUGCGUCAAACUACCUGCUUCUCUAAAGGAAACUUGUGAUGACCUAGUGAAACAAUACACACCAGAAAUACUUGACAUGAUUGAAAACAUUGCUGAUCCUGAUUACAUUUGCAUCCACCUUAAACUGUGUACUGCACAAAACCAUAUGUUGGGUGCAAACCCCUGCACUUUUGGACCAAGUUAUUGGUGUAAGAAUCAGCAAACAGCUACAGAAUGUAAUGCUGUCAGUCACUGCGAAAAGCAUGUUUGGGAAUAAAUCCUUCAGUUUAUUUAAAUCCAUAUAUCCAUGUAUAAAUAUAUUAUUGUGGCAAUAGUUUGUUCAUUUAAUGCUCUUUAAUUUGUUAUUGCUGGAACACAAUAACUGUUUUUUUUGGUAGAUAUCAAUUUUAGUUAAAAUUAAAUUUGUAAACAAAAAGUGUAUUAACAGAGUAAAUAGGAGCGUAGCUUUUAAAGUAUAAACAUGUUCUGGUAUUUAAUGUUUCUAAUUUUUUUUAAAUUGCAAAGAAUUGUGUGAAAGCGGUGUAUUUAUAAUUAGCAGACUGGUACGCCGCAUUUUUCUGUGAUUUCAUUUCCAUUUUUCAAUUGAUUUUCGCGGUUUAAACUGCAGCCUAGCUUUAACUAUAAGCGCUUACAGUGUGAUUAUUCAAUAGACUUGUACAGUGUGAA